AGAUUUUUUCAUGACUGAAACCAUUAGCAUUCAGUAUCCGGAAGUGAGAACUUCAAAAAUAGUCUAGCUCAGUAAAAAUUAAAACCAAAUUUGGAUAGGAACCAAAAAGUAUCUACAGAAAAGUAACUGCAAAAUUAAUUUUAAAAAACAUACGACUUAAAAGCUUUUAAGUGCCAGUGGGAAAAAAAAGAUUAGAAAAUGAGUGGCAGCGGUGAUGGUAUUCCAUCAUUUAAGUGUGUGCUUAUUGGAGACGGUGGAACUGGGAAGACGACCUUUGUCAAGCGGCAUUCCACUGGAGAAUUUGAGAAGCGGUAUGUGGCCACUUUGGGCGUCGAAGUGCGUCCUCUUCUUUUCAACACCACACGCGGCUCCAUCCGCUUCAACGUGUGGGACACCGCCGGACAAGAGAAGUUUGGUGGACUUCGGGAUGGAUACUACAUUGAGGGGCAAUGUGCCAUUAUAAUGUUUGAUGUGACAUCUCGCAUCACCUACAAGAACGUGCCCAACUGGUAUCGCGAUCUGGUGCGGGUGUGCGAUUCUGUACCGAUUGUACUUUGCGGAAAUAAGGUGGACAUAAAGGACCGGAAGGUGAAGGCCAAGGCCAUUACAUUCCACAGGCAGAAGAAUUUGCAGUACUACGACAUUUCCGCCAAGUCCAAUUACAACUUUGAGAAACCGUUUCUUUGGUUGGCGCGAAAGUUAGUUGGUGAUCCUCUUUUGGAGUUCGUUGUGAUGCCAGCACUCCUACCCCCCGAAAUCCACAUGGGGCCCGAGUUGCUGGCUCAGGUGGAGCGGGACUUGGUCGAAGCUAAGGCAACUGCCCUGCCGGAUGAUGACGACGACGACUUGUAAGCUUACAUACCCACUGGGAAAUCGAGGGAAAUUAAAAAAAAAAAUUUGCAUCUGGAUAA